AUGGACAGUAUCCUGGAGCCCUUCCCCUCCGAGCGCCUCUUCCCCGGAGGCGGCUCCGGCUUCCUGGACCUGGGCGACCUGAACGAAGCGGAUUUCCUCAGCAAUGUGCAUUUCUCCGAGAAUCUGGAUCAUUUCUCUGAGAACAUGGAGGAUUUCUCCAAUGAACUCUUCAACAGUUUCUUUGAUGAUCCAAUGUUGGCUGAAAAGAACCCUUUACUGGACAUGGAUUUGGACCCUCCUACUCCGGGCAUCCAGGCAGAGCACAGCUACUCGCUCAGUGGAGAUUCUGCUCCCCAGAGCCCCCUCAUGCCUAUCAAGACUGAAGAUAAUGCCAAUGACCUGGAGAGUGGAGUGUGGUCCCUUGGGCACAAGCUAUGCUCCAUUAUGGUGAAGCAGGAACAGAACCUGGCUCCAGAACUUCCUGAAUCCCAGCUUGCAGCCAGCUUAGUGCCAGCGCUGAACCUCAACCCACUGCAGAGACUGCCGGCACCUGAGGAGACUCCAGUAGAAAUGACUCCAGCACCUGUGAUCAAAGCUGAGCCCAAAGAAGUGAACCAGUUUCUAAAUGUACCAGCAGAUGACCUGGUGCAGAUGCCUCCAACGCCUCCCAGCAGCCAUGGCAGUGAUAGUGAUGGAUCCCAGAGUCCGCGGUCCCUGCCUCCCUCCAGCCCAGCCCGGCCAGCUGCUCGCUCUUCCAGUGCAAUCUCCACCUCGCCUCUCCUCACAGCACCACACAAGUUACAAGGGACGUCAGGCCCCCUGCUCUUGACCGAGGAGGAGAAACGCACCCUGAUUGCCGAGGGCUACCCCAUCCCUACCAAGCUGCCCCUCACCAAAGCAGAGGAGAAAGCACUGAAGAGGGUCAGGAGGAAAAUCAAGAAUAAGAUCUCUGCUCAGGAGAGUCGCAGGAAGAAGAAGGAAUAUGUGGAGUGUCUAGAGAAAAAAGUUGAGACUUUCACAUCUGAAAACAAUGAACUGUGGAAAAAAGUGGAGACCUUAGAAAAUGCAAACAGGACUCUGCUCCAGCAAUUACAGAAGCUCCAGGCCCUAGUGGCUGGGAAGGUCUCCAGACCAUAUAAAAUGGCUUCCACACAGACCGGAACCUGCCUAAUGGUACUGGUGCUGUGCUUUGUUCUGGUCCUGGGAUCCAUGAUGCCAUGUCUCCCAGAAUUCUCCUCCACAUCACAGACAGUGAAAGCAGCUCCGGCACCAGACAUUUAUACAACCAGUAAAAUUCAGUCGCGGAGCCUCCUGUUCUAUGACGAGGGCGCUGGCUCCGUAGAGGAGGGCUACAGCUCCUUCCUCCCUGUGGAGCAUCCUGUGGGCCGGGAGACGGAUGAAGGGCAAUCUGAGGAGAGGAGGCCUCAGGAGCGCAUACUGGGCCACCUGGCCAGGGCCCAUGAGACAGCCAAGUACCUGAGCAAAUCCCAGCUGGGGGGCCCGGACCAGAACCAAACUGACCCAACUCUGACUCACCUCAAAGAGCAGAUCCAGGAGAGGGAGGCACGCUCCAGUGACGCAGCUGAAUCUUUGUAG